GAGGGUGCACUCAACUCCAGACUUCAGAACAAAGCAGAAGACUGCAAAUUUUCCGCCUUUUUCGCGUCCGCCGGGGCGCUGCAUUUUAUUUUGAACCUGGGGAAGUUAAUUUUAUAUCCUGGAAAACAGUGGUUCGUCAAAAAUGAUGUCCAAAACGAAGCUGACGCUGGACUGGAAGAAGCGCGUCAAGUCCGAGUACAUGAAGAUUCGCGCCAGCAAGCGUCACAAGCGCGCGGACGAGGUGAAGGCGGCCUGGAACGGAAACCGUCAAAAGUUGCUGAAUUUGCUGGUGAAGGAGAAUGACUCGUGGCUGACGACGAACGCCACCUGGAUCCAGAACGACACGGAACUGCCCCACGUCGAGUGUAUGAAGAAGGCGGAAGUGGUGAACCAUGAGGGCGCCCACCAGACGAUUCCAAUCCGGGUGAUUCCGGCGGUGACACCGAUUCCGACGAUGUACACGUGGGCGCCGACCCAGCAGAACUUUAUGGUCGAAGAUGAAACCGUACUGCACAAUAUUCCUUACAUGGGAGACGAGGUGCUGGACCAGGACGGGUCGUUCAUCGAGGAGUUGAUUAAGAAUUACGACGGGAAGGUGCACGGGGACAAGGAGGGCAGUUUCAUUGACGAUUCCAUCUUUGUGGAGUUGUGCCACGCGUUGAUGCAGUACACCGGAAGGGACGUGGACUCGAACAGCAACGAUAGCUCAAAGUCGGGCAAGGCUGCUGCGGUGAAGCCGACGGCGGAUGAAGCUGCCGGACCACAGCCAUCAACGAGUGGCACGAAGGUGCCGCCGGCCAAAGCCAAACCAGACAAAGACGAAGGUACCGUCGACAUUGCCGCGAAGGACGAUUCACUGCCUAAAUUCAAGCUGGAACCUUUUGUAGUACUCAAGAAGGAAGUUAUCGACGAGAAGCCGUUUCCCUCGCCGAUAAUCUUCCAGGCCAUCAGCUCGCAGUUCCCGGACCUGGGCACGCCGGAGGAACUGCGCGAGCGGUACAUCGAGCUGACGGAGCGCGUCGACCCGGAGCGGCCCCCGGAGUGCACGCCCAACAUCGACGGGCCGCGCGCCGAGUCGGUUUCGCGCGAGCAAACGCUCCACUCGUACCACACGCUGUUCUGCCGGCGUUGCUUCAAAUACGAUUGCUUCUUGCACCGAAGUCCUGCUGGCGAGCAGCCGAAUCGUCUCCAGGCGUGCCAUCCGGGACCGAACCUGCAGAAGCGCCGCUGGCCCGAGUUGAAGCAGACGACCAAACCGUGCAGCGCGACCUGCUACAUGCUGUUGGACGGCAUGAAGGAGCGGCUGGCCGUGGACAACAAGAACAAAACGCCGAUGGAUUCGGGCAACGAGGCCAGCUCGGAGGACAGCAACGACAGCAGCCGGUACAGCAAGGAGGCCCCCGUUAUUCCGGGAACCGUCGCGGUCGCUUCCAACGGUGGCACCACCGCCCGCCUGAGCACUUCGGUCAACAACUCGGCCACGCUGCUGAACCUGCUGGACGCGGCCGACGAGGAGUGGAACGGGUCGGACAAGUCGUUCUUCCGCUCGCUGCAGACGAUCUACCUGAACAACUACUGCGCCAUUGCGGAGGCGAUGCUGAUGAAGACGUGCCAGCAGGUGUACCAGUUUGCGCAGAAGGAGGCCGCGGACAUUCCGCUGAUCGAGACGAACAAGGACAACACGCCGCCCCGUAAGAAGAAGAAGAAGCACCGGCUGUGGUCGAUGCACUGCCGCAAGAUUCAGCUGAAGAAGGACUCGAGCUCGAACCACGUGUACAACUUUACGCCGUGCGACCAUCCGGGCCCGUGUGACGCGAGCUGUCCGUGCAUUCGGGCGCAAAACUUUUGCGAAAAGUUCUGCAACUGCAGCAGCGACUGCCAGAACCGGUUCCCGGGCUGCCGGUGCAAGGCGCAGUGCAACACGAAGCAGUGCCCGUGCUAUCUGGCGGUGCGCGAGUGCGACCCGGACCUGUGCCAGACGUGCGGCGCGGAACACUACGAAAUCUCGAAAAUCACCUGCAAGAACGUCAGCGUGCAGCGGGCGUUGCACAAGCACCUGCUGAUGGCGCCGUCGGACGUGGCUGGGUGGGGAAUCUUCCUGAAGGAGAGCGCCCAGAAGAACGAGUUCAUCUCGGAGUAUUGCGGUGAGAUCAUCUCGCAGGACGAGGCCGAUCGCCGCGGCAAGGUGUACGACAAGUACAUGUGCAGUUUCCUGUUCAACUUGAACAACGACUUUGUCGUGGACGCGACCCGCAAGGGCAACAAGAUCCGCUUCGCCAACCACUCGAUCAACCCGAACUGCUACGCGAAGGUGAUGAUGGUUAACGGUGAUCACCGCAUUGGAAUCUUUGCCAAACGCGCCAUUCAGCCGGGGGAGGAGCUGUUCUUCGACUACAGAUAUGGACCGACCGAGCAGCUCAAGUUUGUCGGCAUCGAGCGGGAAAUGGAGUUUCUCUAAAGUUUAAGUGACAAUUGAUGUUUUUAAAAAUUAGAUUUAUGAUAAAUAUUUUUAAGUUUUCAAAAAAUUACAUUGAAUAAAAGUAUAACCUUCUCACACACUCUUA